UGGAACCAUUGCAAGAAUAGACCAGAAGCCGAGUAGGGAAGAGUUGCUUUCUUGAUACGCAUAAUAUGUCUACGCGCAACAACCAUACGAUGAACCUGACAACCUCGCAAGGAACUGCGCGGCCUUCCAUGGCGACCAGUUCAGGCGGAGCGGUAAAGGCGCGACAACUUUCACAACUUCAUGCUCAAUUAGCGCAACUGUCAAACAACCUUUCAGAUACGGAGAAUCUACUUCGUAUGACAAGCGUGCAGGCGGAAGCAAUGCGUGGGCUGGGAAGUUGGCACGCCGGGAUCAUCCACCUCUUCAGCGCACUACUGUUCUAUGCUAUAAUAUACAUGGGCCUGAUGAUUCUCCAUAGGUUUAUGGCGGCGAGUAAACUUGGCGAAGAGGCUGUGCGGGACCAGGGACAGGGAGAUUCAAAAUAG